UAAAACACCUAUAAAUAUUAAUAACAUUAUGCCGUUACGUAUUUGUAAAGUGAUCAUUAUCUGCAUUCUAGUGAACAUAUUGCAACAAUCUAGAACCUGUAUUAUAACCUCAACUACGUUAUAGAAUCUUUUACUUUUUGUACCCUAUCACAUAAACUCAAAGAGUAAUAAAAUAAACUAAUUGUUUUACUACUAAACCAGUUUCGAUACUGUUAGACGUCAAUGACAUCGAUAAAAGAUAACCAGAGUCAAAUGUUCAGACUAUCUACCAGCUAAGCAGUGUUUAUACUUAGUGAUGAAUGAUAGCCGCAUAUACUUCUGGACAUAAUUAAAAACAGUUAUUUGAGUUAACGAAAGUAUACAAAGUGCAUGUUUGUCUUUCUUAAUUUGACUUAUAUUCACAAAAUGUUUUCAUAUAAAGUUAGUAUAAUAAUAACAAUAACAUUUGUCAUUUUUAUGAAUGUCCCUUGUUAUUCAAGUAACAUUUCUUCACCUGAGGAACGAUACUUGUUCGAUUUCACUAAAAGUGAUGAUGUGGUGAAUUGGCAAGAACAAUCUGAUACUGUACGAAAUGUCGGUAUGUCGAAAGCGUUGCUUGCGUUACAUCAAAAUACUGGGUACAGACGAGCCAUAUUUUUUGCAUUAUUAAAUCCACAAUUAAAUGGCGCCGGUUUCGCGGGCAUAAGGGCGAUUAAAACAUACAAUCUCACUGGGUACACAAAACUACAGGUCAAAUGUAGAGGUCAAGGUCAAUAUAACGGAUUUAAAGUGGUUUUGCGACACAAAGGAUUAAACGAUGAACCUAACUAUUCAUAUGAACAAUAUUUUCAGGCUCCCAAAGAUGAAUUCGCUAUACGAACUUUACCUUUCUCUGAAUUCAAAGCAUACUACAGAGGCAAGAGGAACAACAAUAGCGAACCUUUAGAUACUUCCCAAAUAACGAGUAUAGGUCUCCAGAUGUAUGGUGGGGUGUACCAACCCAUUAAACAAAAAGGACCAGCUACAUUAGAAAUCGAUUGGAUAAGAGCUGUAUAAAGCCUAGAAAAUAUUCAACUUG